AUGUCUCUCUUAAUCCUGCCUGAGUACGAGAUCGGCGACGCCGAUGACGAUAGCAUCUACUCGGUAAUAUCGACGUCGCCCGACCUUGACACAGCUACGUCUCCGAGCGAAUUCGGACACGACGCCGACGACGAUUUCGAGCAGUUUUCUCUCGACGGCGAUGGCAUCGGCGAUGGUGACGGGGUGAACUCGGAAAUUUCCUGCGGAUGCUCGACCUCUGUCACUCCAAGCGCCUACGAGGACGAGGUGGCACAUGGUCGACGAUACCAUGGGUUCCAUAAGGGACGCUACCCAUUACCCAAUGAUGAUUUGGAGCAACGGAGGGAGGAAACAAAUCAUGCUUUGAUGCUAGAACUUACUGGCGGACGACUCUUUUAUUCCGACAUUGGCAAACAUCCGCAAAAGAUUAUUGACAUUGGAACUGGAACUGGAACAUGGGCCAUUGAUGUCGCCGACCAAUACCCGAGUGCCAGUGUGGUUGGGACUGAUUUAUCUCCUAUACAGCCGAAAUGGGUACCUGUCAAUGUACGGAUGUAUGUCGACGAUUGCGAGGAGCCCGACUGGCUCCAUGGGUCUAAUUUCGACCUGGUGCAUUUUCGUGGUAUGGCAGGCAUGCUACGAGAUCUGGAUAGAAUGUUGAAGAGAACAUAUCCGCACGUGCGAGAGGGUGGCUGGGUGGAAUUCCACGAGUUUAUUCCUCAAAUACUAUGCGAUGACGGAACCAUGAGUGAGGAAGAUCCAUUACGGAUAUUUUUUGAUGCCUCGACACAAGGUCUCAGAACAUUUGGAGGCGAGCCUCUGAGAGCCCUUAAUUUGGAGGAAACCCUCGUAGGUGCCGGAUUCACAAACAUUCACGUUAUAACGAAGAAGGUGCCCAUUGCGGCCUGGCCACGAGAUAAGCACUUAAAGACUGUCGGCAUGUUUACGAGGGCAGUGAUACUGGAUUCACUUGGCGCUCUUGCAGCGAAGCCACUUGCUGCUCUGGGCAUACCUUCAGAAGACCGACGAGCCCUGGUCACACAAGUAAAACGAAGCCUAAACGACAGAAGGAUACAUCGUUAUAUGAAAUGUGUCAUUUGCUAUGGGCAGAAGAAGGAGAAUCCCGACUCGACAUAG